AGCGCCCCCACCUCUUGAAUGUGGAAGCCAGCAAUUUGAUGUGGAAUUUGUGGAAACUGAUGAUGUUGACGUUUUUUUUUUCUAAAAAAAAAUUCUGACUAAUUUUUCUUACCCCCAAAAUCCCCUGAAAAUUGUUAAAUUAAUCAUCCCCAGACUCCCUGAGAGCUUUUAGAAAGUUCCCCCAAGUGCUGAAGAAGUAAAUUUGUGCUUCUGGGACAUUUUGUGAUGCACCUGUUAUCACUUCCGGACGCAAAUCCUUCCUCCUGAGUGCCUCCUGAUUCCUGGGAUUUACAUCAUCUAUUUGGGAAACAAAUAGGAAAUGGAUGUUAAUAUUGAUAUGAGUGACAAGGUGAGCGGGAAUAUGAAUCCGCCACCGCAGCCUGAAACGAAGAAUCUCUUCAGCUCGGUCUUCAAUCGCAGCCGAGUCCCCAAUAUGGUGGAACUUUUGCGUGAGAUGCGACAGAACAUCCGGCCAUGGUCGGAAUUCCUCAAUAUGAGCAAUUUCAAGACAGUCGCCAACAUUCAGCGUCUCACGGGGCGCCUCGUGCGGAAUCUUGCCUACUUCCAGAGCAACUAUCUCUUUGUCUUCUUGGGCUUGGUGUUCUACUGUCUCCUCACGUCACCACUGAUCCUCAUUGUCCUCGGUGGGGUCUUCUAUGCGUGCUACAAAGUCAAGCAACACAACACAAAGAUCACGAUUUUCCAGCGAGAACUCAAUGCUGGUCAGCAGUGUAUCCUCAUCAAUUGUGCCGCCAUCCCCAUUCUCUACCUGGCUGGAGCAGGAGCGGCGAUGUUUUGGGUCUUGGGAGCUUCAUUCUUCUUCAUCUCCCUCCAUGCAAUCUUCUACAACAUUGACGCUGUUGUCACGGAGGACACGGAAACCUUCCUCACGGAGACAGUCUAAACAUAUCCUUGGUGUAAUUUAACAACCCUCCGCCCCAAUGGGGGCCCACCUAAUCCUGUAAAUACGCUGAUGUCACACAAAAUGAACAACAGAGAAAAAAAUGUUUAUUUAGAUAA